AUGGGAAAAGGAUACUGUUUAACUCUUUUUGUUGGACAAUUUGACUUAGCCUCUAAGAUAAAGACAAAAGACCAGUGGAUUAUUGGUAGAGAAAUAUGUCCGACUACUGGCAAAGAACACCUACAAUGUUAUUAUGAAACUAAAUGUAGAUCUGACCUAAAAGCUCAAAUUAAGCAGUUCAAACCUGCUCAUGUUGUAAGAGCUCGUGGAAGCAGAGAACAGAAUAUUAAAUAUUGCAAAAAAGAAGGAAACUACGAAACUAACAUGGAAAUAAAAGAAGACAUGCCUCCUAUUGAUAGGAUUAUCCCUAAGAAGCAUGAAUUAUAUUCAUGGCAGAAAGAUGUAUUGGAUUCUAUGCUUGCUCAAAAUGAUCGUCAGAUUCUGUGGAUUUAUGAUCAAAAAGGAGGAAUUGGAAAAACUGCAUUUGCAUACUUUUUAAUUGAAAACUAUAACGAUGUGAUUUAUUUAAAUAAUGCUAAAUGUUCCGAUAUUGCUCUAGCUACUGAUAUUAAUAUUAAAAUUAUUAUUUUCGAUUUUUCUCGUUCAUUACAACACAGAAUUAAUUACACAAUUUUGGAACAGUUAAAAAAUGGUAUUUUAUUUUCACCAAAAUAUAACAGUAAAACAAAAAAAUUAAAUUAUGUUCCAAGAAUAUUAUGUAUUUCUAAUUAUGAACCUGAUUUAUUUCAAUUAUCUGAAGAUAGAUGGAUUAUUAAAAAUUUAACUAAAACCUAA